GAGAGGGAGAGACACGGAGGGAAAUGUGCCGCCUCACGUCGGACCCAAACGACCCUAAAAUGUCCGUGCGCAGUUAAGGAUCUUCCCUGAAUCUAGAGCCUCUCGCUGCGGCUGUUUCUCGCUGAUCUCACCGCUGACAUCCGCCCGUUGCCCCGCUUCACCCAUCUGUCAGCCGCCGGGCUUCGUCUGUGUGUCAGGCGGGCAGAAAUUUUUUGCCGUGUGUGACCAGUCAGCACAGCGCAUUAGCGGGGAGAUUUCAGCUGAACACACCUUCUGUUGCUCCGCCGUGUCACUGCCAUCAAUAUGGAUGAAGACAAUCACGUGCCUGAGGAUCUGUCCCUGGAGGAGAGGGAUGAACUGUCAAACAUCCGACGCAGGAAGAGAGAGCUGCUCGACGAUAUUGAGAGGUUGAAGUUUGAGAUCGCUGAAGUCAUGACGGAGAUCGAGCAGCUGACGUGUGUUGGAGAGAGCAAAACUUCGCAGAGAAACAAACAGAUCGCCAUGGGCAGGAAGAAAUUCAACAUGGAUCCCAAAAAGGGGAUCCAGUUCCUCCUGGAGAACGACCUCCUCCAGCACACUCCUGAAGACAUCUCCCAGUUCCUCUACAAAGGCGAGGGCCUCAACAAGACUGUCAUUGGAGACUACUUAGGCGAGCGGGACGACUUCAACAUCAAGGUGCUCCAGGCUUUCGUGGAGCUGCACGAGUUUGCGGACCUCAACCUCGUCCAAGCACUACGGCAGUUCCUGUGGAGUUUCCGUUUGCCAGGUGAAGCCCAGAAGAUCGACCGAAUGAUGGAGGCGUUUGCCUCGCGGUACUGCCAGUGCAACCCAGGAGUGUUCCAGUCCACAGAUACUUGCUAUGUGCUGUCAUUUGCCAUCAUCAUGCUGAACACCAGCCUGCAUAACCCCAACGUCAGAGACAAGCCCCCUGUGGAGCGUUUCAUCUCCAUGAAUAGAGGCAUCAACGAAGGAGGGGACCUGCCAGAGGAGCUUCUCAGGAAUCUAUACGACAGCAUCAAAAACGAGCCCUUCAAAAUCCCAGAGGAUGACGGGAAUGAUCUGACGCACACGUUCUUCAACCCGGACCGGGAAGGCUGGCUGUUAAAGCUAGGCGGCAGGGUAAAGACGUGGAAGAGAAGGUGGUUUAUUCUGACCGACAACUGCCUCUACUACUUUGAAUACACAACAGACAAGGAGCCUCGUGGGAUUAUCCCUCUGGAGAACCUCAGCAUCAGAGAGGUGGACGAGCCCAGAAAACCGAACUGCUUUGAGCUCUACAACCCCAACCACAAGGGUCAGGUGAUCAAGGCCUGCAAGACGGAGGCGGACGGGCGGGUCGUCGAGGGCAACCACGUGGUGUACAGGAUAUCAGCGCCCACGCCUGAGGAGAAGGAGGAGUGGAUCAAGUCCAUCAAGGCGAGCAUCAGCAGGGAUCCUUUCUACGACAUGCUGGCCACGAGGAAGCGCAGGAUAGCCAAUAAGAAAUGACCGGUCCCAUCCACAUUGCUGCCAGUGUUGUCACCAGCAAAAACCUUUUCUGUGUGUGUGUUAUGGGUGUGAUGAAGGUCUCCCACUCCUCCAUCCAGGGACAGAGGACGCAGAGGAGGCCUGGGAGGGAGUGGUGCUUUAGACAGACACAAAUAGUCCAUCGUCAUACCAACUAGUCAAGGAGGAUGUUUUUUGACUUUCGGUGCUGAUGCUGUGCCAUCUCUGCUAGACUGGACGGACAAGAGAGAGCACCUGUGGACGGCAAAUCCUCACCAGACUGGAUUAUAAGAGACUCCUUAAAAUGGACUUCACCCCAGUUGGAGACACAUCCAUGGCUGGAAUCAUGGUAAAGCUAUGACUCUAUUGCCCUCUGUUGGACUUAAAAGGAAUUGAAGCUACUAUUGUUUGAAUCAAAUGGGAGUUUUCAUGCAUCCACACUGAAAAUGUGACUGGCAGCAUGUCAGCAGUGUGCCACAUGUGCUGUUUCCUGCCCAGUGCCAACAGUCGGCUCCCACAUGCCAACUAGCAUUUUAUCAACUUUAAGUGUAAACUGUGUGUUACUGCAGAGAGCCCUGACCUUAUGAAUCAGCUGGUCUGAUUGUUAGCCCCGAAUUGACUGUAUAUGCAAACAUACUUUUUGUUCUAAAACAUUAAUGAAAUGUACUGAAGCUGUGGCAGCCAAGAAAAACCUGGGUUCACUUCAGAUUCAUCACCUUAUUCCCUCUUUUAAAGCAAAGCUAAGAGAAUCAGCCUCAGACCAUGUAAGUUGGGGACUAAUGAUGUAUUUUGUGUGUACUGGCCCUUUAAAAUGACCACACAGUCUUUAAAAGCUAUAGUGCAUCCUAUUUUGAUUAUAUAGUCAUCUAAAGGUAUUUAUGUAUUGAGGGUCCACCUCUGUGAUCAAGUCCAUUUCUUUUAUAUUUAUUUUCUCUUAAAUUUGCUCUAACAAAAAACACAAGUUUACCCACAUUUACAUUGUGCAUGUAUAUAAUGUACAUACUGUUUUUUUCUCUCCCUUUGUUGUGUUUAUGUAGCAUGUAAAUCGUUAUGGCUGUAGCCUAUACCCGUUCACCUUUUCAGUUUUGUUUUGACAGCAUAGAAGUUUACAAUAACGACGAGUGAGAGUCAGCAAGGUUUCAUCAUACUGGAAAAUCUGAUUAUUAAAAAUGGUUAUGGUAGUGAAGUGCUGCACUGAGUCAGACAAGUAACCUUUGACAAAUAUGCUCAAAAAGGUGAAACAAAUGAUACUGGAAUUUUUCUCUCAAAAACUGUGUGUGUGAAGAGUUUACUGGAAAUAUAAGGACUGUUUCUCCAGAAGAGAGAUCCGCUUGAUCUCAGUUUGGGGGAAAACUGCUCCUGAACACUUUGAUGAAGUCUUUGAAUAAAAAUACAGUGCUGAUCAGAAA